AUGGUGUCUGAUCAAUAUCGCAUUUUGGUGAAUGAUCAUGAGUUCCUGGGGGAGUCAGUUCUGGACGAGAAGUCCGUGUUAUACUUCCGGGAGGACGAACGUUUGAGCUUGAAAUCUCAAAAGAUUUCGAGUGCAAUUGUGCACGAUGAUUUGGAGACGAUUUUGUCUCUUGGCAAAUCCAAGGAUGGUUUUGCGAAGCACGAACUAAGAAGACCCCUUUGGCUCAAAAUUUUGAAAUCCAGACUGUCCCUUGACGUGUAUGGUGAAAUGGGGAAAGACGGAGCAGAGCUCCCUCAACAUUCCGAUGAACACCAGGUUUCGCUCGACGUCAAGAGGUCAUUUGGGGACGUACAAGACAGCGUAACCAAAGCGUUUUUGCGCCAAGCUCUUGAACAAACGGUCAUAAGAGUUUUAAGAACAUUCCCGCAACUAAGUUAUUAUCAAGGCUACCAUGAUGUCGUGGCCGUUUUCGUGCUGGUGUUCAUGCACACCCAAAGAUCCGAAGAUGAAGCGGAUUUGAGUGAUUCUACUACCAGUGAGACCCCAUCCACCGAUGGCUCUGAAUAUCACGGGGCCAUGAGCUCAAGUUCGAUUUCCACAAAACUCUCGGACGACUCGGUGCUAUCUAUUGAUAGCCAACAAUUAUUCGAAUCCGUCGCCAUUUUCACACUGCUGUACUUGAGGGACUUCAUGAUGAACUCAUUAACGUUUACGAUCGAUCAGCUGGCCUUGAUCCCUACCAUAGUCAAGAAGAACGACCCACAGCUCUAUAAUACUUUCCAGUUGAACGAGAUUGAUCCUUUUUUCGCCCUUUCGUCGGUUCUGACGCUAUUUUCUCAUGACUUGAGACCUCAAAGCAAUGAGUCCUUGAGCAUUGUGUUCCAGAUUUUCGAUCUUGUCAUUGCAUCCAACUCUAUGUUAAUGCCGCUUAUUAUUUACAGCAAUUUACUCCUCGCCAAGAAGGAUGACCUUUUGACAAGGCUUCAUGAGAACCUCGAGAACUUUGACAACGAUAUUGAUUUAAUACAUGGUGUCAUACAACAAGAGAUGAUUGUUGGUUCUAGUGUUCGUCUUUGGAAUGAGGUUCUGGAGGCCUCGAGAGAUUCAUCUGAUAAACUUACACCAGAGAUGAAGAAAAUCGUCAACAAGUACAGCGUUUUGUUGACCGAAUCCCAAGUACCUGUUUCCAUUGAAGAUGCGCUUACUUGGUUGGGGAACGAGAUCAAACUGAACGAAAUAAAGUCAACGUCCGGUCAUCGCACCAGCACGUCAAAGAAGCCGCUUUCCACGGUUACAAAGUGGAGGAUUGCGGCCACCCGCGGGGGACCUUUCGUAAUCAGAAUGUCAUUAAUGGUGGGUAUAGCUGCGAUCUUGCUGAAGCUAUACAUGAGAUCUCUAGAAACUCAUGCCGAUUAUCAUAUAUUUCCCCUCAGAUCCUGUCUAGAGCAACUGAAAGCUCUCAAAUUCGCUGGACUGCAGCAGCCACCCAAAAUAUGGCUAGACCCACUGAAAAGCGUGCUCAAGAAUAUCGGCAGGCCCUUCACUUCUUAA